CAUGUUGAUUUAAAGGAAGAAACACAAUAGAGGAGAUUUAUUUCAAGUAAAAAUCAGUUAAUAAAGGGGAUUGUAAAGGAAGCAGUUGAUCAACCGCACACUGAAUACACCUUGUGCAAAUAACAAAGGAACUAAGGUUACAAGUUUGAGUUCUUGGCUGACUUUGAGGAGGUAGCGGGUCGAUCACAGCCGCACUCACACACCGACCGGAAGACCUGCGGUGUCUGGGGAGAGCGAGUCGAACACUGAGGACUCAAAAGGGGUGAAAAGCUUUUUGGCUUUGGACUAGAAGCCCCCUUUGUAUCUGUGAAUUCAGGAUCCAGGGUUUUUUUUUCACACGGUGGAGCGACAUUUUCCACACCCAGUGGAAACAAACGGAGCAUUACAGACUAUAGGAUAUCGGGGGAAACGUGGUAAAAGUUGGACAUCCCCUUUUGCAAGAAAGGGGAUAUUGAGCAACUCUGGACUCGAAGAGGAAAUGUUGUUCAAUUUAGAAACACAUUUAAGCACUGAACUAAGAUUAUAUUGACGAGGCUGAACCCCAAGUUCAGAUUGCCUUAGUUGUUCUAUUUCAGGACUUGAACCGCUUUGAUACUUGCUCACGUAUAAUUUUUCUAUAUUGUGGGCAAGUACAUGAAUGCAAAUUUCUCUUCAUUUUGAAGAGCUCUUGGUGUAAAAACCUGUUUGUUUUUGUUUUUUGUUCCCGUAAGUCAGUCACUCUGUUGAUGAAGGGGACCGAACUGCACUUACAUGUGUAUAUGUAAAUACUACCAAUUGACUUCAGUUGUGAAAGCUUUGGACUUAAAAAGAAUAGAGAAUAUUGUUUGUUAAUGCUUUAUUAAACUUUUUUACUUUUGAAGAGAAUCUUUAAAAAAGAAAAACCUAAGAGGCAAAAAAUCUAAUACUUUUGAAGAAAGAGAAGAAGAAAAAGCAAGGAAAACGGGACAAAAUGGCCACCGCCAGAACAGAAAACGUCGGCCCGAUCGUCAUGGGACUGAACAAGCAGAACGGGCAGCUCAGAGGACAGACCAAACCAGCUUCAGUCCAGCCAGCACCCACGGCUCUAGGGAAGGCUCUGGGUGCCCCCCAGAUGGUCGGCGGCGCUGCUCAGGAAGGAGGAGGCAUCAAGUUUGGAGAUGACUGGAAAAAGAACCUCAAGAUCCCACCCAAAGACACCAGGGUCCAAACCUCAGAUGUGACGUCCACGAAGGGGAAUGAAUUUGAAGACUACUGUCUCAAAAGGGAACUCCUGAUGGGCAUCUUUGAGAUGGGUUGGGAGAAACCUUCCCCUAUCCAGGAGGAGAGCAUUCCCAUCGCCCUGUCUGGGCGGGACAUCCUGGCUCGGGCUAAGAACGGAACGGGGAAAAGUGGCGCCUAUCUCAUCCCGCUGCUGGAGAGAAUUGACCUGAAGAAGGACCACAUACAGGCACUUGUCAUGGUUCCCACCCGUGAGCUGGCUCUGCAGGUGAGCCAGAUCUCCAUCCAGAUCAGCAAACACCUGGGGGGCGUCAAAGUCAUGGCCACCACCGGGGGCACCAACCUGCGAGAUGACAUCAUGCGUCUGGACGAGACCGUGCAUGUUGUCAUCGCCACGCCGGGUCGGAUCCUGGACUUGAUAAAGAAGGGAGUGGCAAAGGUGGACCGAGUCCAGAUAAUGGUGAUGGAUGAGGCCGACAAGCUGCUGUCUCAGGACUUCGUGGUGCUCAUCGAGGAUAUCAUCAGCUUCCUGGCCAAGAACAGGCAGAUCCUGCUCUACUCCGCCACCUUUCCCAUGAGCGUGCAGAAGUUCAUGGCCAAGCAUCUCCAGAAGCCCUACGAGAUCAACCUGAUGGAGGAGCUGACUCUGAAGGGCAUCACUCAAUACUACGCCUACGUCACGGAGAGGCAGAAAGUCCACUGCCUCAACACGCUGUUCUCCAGGCUUCAGAUCAACCAGUCGAUCAUCUUCUGUAACUCCACUCAGAGGGUGGAGCUCUUGGCCAAGAAGAUCACUCAGCUGGGCUACUCCUGCUUCUACAUCCACGCCAAGAUGAUGCAGGAAUACAGAAACCGAGUCUUUCACGACUUCAGGAACGGGCUGUGCAGGAACCUGGUCUGCACUGAUCUCUUCACCAGGGGCAUUGACAUCCAGGCGGUCAAUGUAGUCAUCAACUUUGACUUUCCCAAGAAUGCCGAGACGUACCUCCAUCGUAUUGGAAGAUCCGGGCGCUUUGGUCACCUGGGCCUGGCCAUCAACCUGAUCACCUCCGAGGACCGCUUCAACCUGAAGUCCAUCGAGGACCAGCUGGUGACCGACAUCAAGCCCAUCCCCAGCAGCAUCGACAAGAGCCUCUACGUGGCCGAGUUCCACACGUCCGGCGACGACUGCGAGGCGAUCGAGGAGAAACCGGGACGCCGACAGGACCGUGCCUAGCAACAGGACGCUCCGGCUCUCACACACACACACGGGCCACUCUUCAGUUCCCCCAGAGCCGGUCGACUGGACGUGAUCCGGUUCCUUUUCUUUUCCUCCAAAAGAGCUGCCUCGCUUAUUUCAUAAUUAAUUGAGGAACCGUAUUGUUUUGCACCAACACCGACGGGACCUGAGUCUGAGAGUCUAAACGGAGCCGGCAGAGCAACCGAGUGUCAAAGCUGUUGUGAAGCCACCGGUCCUCUCGCCCCCCCCCCACCGGUCCUCUCCUCACCAGUGUUCCCCCUGGUCCUCUCUCCCCCCCCCAGUCCUCUCCUCUCCCACCGGUCCUCUCCCCACUGGUCCUCUCCUCACCAGUGUCCCACUCCUACCAAAGUGUCGUCGUCACUCAAGUGCCUUACUUACUCCCGUGUGCACUCCUGCAUUCAGCCUGCUGUCUCCUGUCAGGCAGCAGAGUACGAGCACAAAGAGAUGAAUUUAAUAGUAACCCGAGUUUAUUUAAACAUCCAUUAUGCAAGGGAAGAAGAAGACGACACGCACGCGCUCACAGGUGUGUGUGUAGUAACGCAGCUCAAACUGCUUUUUAAAGAAAAGAAAACAACAACCAUCCUGAAUGUGAACGUUGCAAUAAUGAAGAAAUAAAAUAAAGGCAGCUUUAUUUAAGUACUGCGUGACUGUUCCCCCCCCCCUACACAAGCAACGUUAAUAUGAGCAAACCUCUCGAGCGCUCCCCCCCCCCCCCACUGUUUCAUGGGCGUCGGCCUGCUUCCAGGCGUCACUGGGAGAGGAGCAGCCUGCCGCUUCACCACAGCUCCGAUGCGUCACUGCUACACAACGGAGUAUUUGACGGGUCCGAGGGAUGAAUAGUUUUAUUGGAAGUUGGUGCAAAACAAUAGUUUGAAAUUACGAUUUUUUUUUUCUUAAAUACUUUUUUUUUUGCAGUCCUCUUUAAGAAACAGUUUUAUCUAUACAAUUUGAGCAUUUAUUUUCCCCCCCAAGAAACUUUCUUUCUGAGCCCCAUCGUGACGAAAUGGAAGUUGGUGAAUGUCCUCGUGGCCGAUGUGAAUCCCCUCCACGCCGAGCUCAGUAUCGCUGCCGUGGCUCCAGGAUCUGUUCUGACCCGCUGCACGUGACCCGGUUCACGCGUUGACCUUCAAGUGACCGACGACUAACUAGAGACUGUUCUCUCUGCAGCAGCAGCGAUAUAUCUCUUAUGUUUCCUUCUCUUUAGUUUCCUUUUCGGUGUGCGGGGGGGCGCCCUGUGCUUUCUGAAGCAGAACUGUAGAAUCUCCAACAGGCAGCUGUGACCUCUUUGUUUUUGUUUUUACAGAGCGUCAUUACGGUGAGAGAGAAAGACAUCAGUGUUUUUGCUUUUUUAAGAUUUAUUUUUGAUGUUUCUAAAAGCAGUUUUGGAGGGGGGGGGGCUAUGAGGCUUGAGCACUGGGUAAAGUAUUUUUUUUUUUUUUGUGGGAGGGUCUUGUGGAGCCAAGUGUUCGUCAGACGCUCUGUGGCGUCUGAGUCCGUCUCUGGUACUUAAAGCAAAUACUAAAACUUUGAUUUAAGUUUGUUUUCUUUUUUCUCGAACACCAAAAACCUCGUUUUGUUUUAAGUGCCAGAGAGCAUCUCGUUAUCCUGGAGAGUUCCUGGCAAGCUGUUGAGCUCAUUGAUUGUCGUCUGAGUGACGGGCGGUCAAAGGGCUUUUGGUCUUUAUCUCUUUUCCAGCAACUCGAUCCAUUUCUCACCAGAGUGAUCUUUAUACGAGGUGUUACGAAUAAUUUUUUGAGGAAACCAAAUUGUAAAUUAUUCCUUGUUUACACUAGUUGUUUACUAUUCUAAAAAACAAAAUUGAAUAUGUUGCUUCAUGAAGGGAGGAGGUUUUUCUUUUUUCCUUGAAAUAUAUUUUCAGAAUUGACAUUGAAGCAAAAAAAGUGAAGUGUGUGUGCGUCUGUGUUCAGUUUCGAAUGGUUCCGUUUCCAUGCAGCUUCAUCUGAACCACACGGUAGAGGAGACUCCUGUGGCUGUGUGGAAGUGAAACUAUUUGAUGUCUUUUUGUUUUCAUGUGCAAACUUGACUGUUUUUGGACGUGCGAGAUCUUGAACAUCAGCCUGGAGGAUGUUUACAGGCGUCAGGGACAGAGCUUUGUUCCUCCUCUUCCUCCUGGAGCUCCAGUCUGGACUCAAAUCCACUUUUCUUCUCCUAUUAAUCUUCAUCUUCACGUUCAUCUCCAUGUCCCUCUUCAUCUCCAUGUCCCUCUUCAUCUCCAUGUCCCUCUUCAUCUCCAUGUCCCUCUUCAUCUCCAUGUCCCUCUUUAUCUCCAUGUCCCUCUUCAUCUUCCUGUCCCUGGCGGUCAUUCCAUCGUCUCCUUUGUGACCAAGUACCAGCAGAGCCAAGACGACGUGGGUCUCUAUCUGAACCAUCCACUCCUGGUGGAUAGUCGUGGAUAUUACACCUUUAUAAAUUAUAUUAUAUUAUUAUCUUGGCUCUCGUCGUUAACUAAAUAUUAGUUAACGACGACUCCCUACAGAACAAAAAAAUACAAUUUAUUUCAACUUUAUUGGCCUCUUCGUGGGCCCAGUGUUGUACCGUGCUGAGGCGUCAUCACGCGGUCCGGCUGGGGGAGCGACUCGUCACAAAGGAGCUCAUGAGGAAUGCCGUCCUGAACGUUGUGGAGAGACUCGGUCAGUUCUUUGUGUUCCUUGUUGACGUCGUCGGGAGGCGUCGGUGUGUGCGUGCUCUGGCCUGUGGGGUCAGAGGUGCGUAGCGGUGGGGAGGGAGGGAGGGAGGGAGGGGGGGGGGGUGUAACUUGUCAAACUUGUUUAAAAAGGGUAACUUAAAAAUAAAAGGGUGAGGAUUUGGAUACAGAAUCUCAGUUCUGGUGAGUUGACAUUCUAAAUUGGUGGGAACUUCUUGACCUUUUACAAAUGAAAGGUGUUAAUGGCUGAACUGGCCCUACGCUGUACUGUGCGUAGCCAAAUGUAAUCGGAUCUCUUGAUUUGCUGCGCCGGUGAAGACUCGCCCAAACUUCGGGCUACUUCAGCCAAACUUAACGAUGACCUCGGCAGAAUUGCCGCAGCAAGCCGAGGGUUAAAAUUCCCCGUUGCGUUUCCCCUGCAACACGGACAGAAAACAGUGGUGUGGAAUUGGCACUUACAUUUUUAUUUUUAUUUCAUGUUACUGAGGAUGAAGUUACAAUGUGUAGUUUGUCUACAGCGUGGGUAAGGAGCGGUAAUACGGUAUGAUUCUAAUUUGGCUUUCAUGUCUCAUACUGAACAUUUUCCUUAAAAAAACAAACCAUUUUGUUUUAUUUUUCUUGUUCAGUCCUCUCUACUUAUUGGGCCCCCUGCUGCUCCCAAAACGAUGUUCAGCCCAAUGUUUAAGUGAGUUGCAUAAUUCUUUAACUUUAAUUGUAAUGACCUAAAACCAGACUCCAUGUGUUGGAUGUUUAUUUCCCUUCACUGUCCCAGAAUUUCCUUUUCAUACCGUUUAGAUUGAAACUGGGUUUCUAUCUGGUGAUGCCACGAUAAAAAAGAAGGUAAUGCUCACGUUGUUUUCUUUCCUUCCAAAAUGCACAAGUUAUUCCAUCCAGUUGACCACUCUGUCCUCUACUGUUGUAACUUGGAAAUACUUGCAGGGGUCAUAAAAUUCAAUAAAUUGAUUUGAAAUUUA